GUUGCCCUGGCAUCGGCGCCGAGGGAAGGCGAAGCCGCUUCGGGUCCAGCCCGAGAGCGGCGCGGGAGGAGCUCCGGGGGGCGGCCUGAGGAGGAGGCGGAGGAGAGGCAGCCCUUCCUCGGGGCGACGAGGGCGCGGGACCCCGCUGCGCUGGGAUGAAGGACCGCCUGGCCGAACUAGCGGCGUGUACACAAAACGAAGAUGGGGACGCUUCAGUUGUUGUUGAAAAUGACCAUUACAUGGAAGACUUCUUCCAACAGGUUGAGGAAGUUAGAAAGCACAUUACGAAAAUAUCAGACAUUGUGGAAGAAGUGAAGAAGAAGCACAGUAUUAUUCUUUCUGCCACAAAUCCUAAAGAUAAAACCAAGGAAGAACUUGAAGAUCUGAACAAAGAAAUCAGGAAAACAGCGAAUGUAGUUCGUGCUAAAUUGAAAGCCAUUGAACAGGGUCUAGCUCGGAAUGAGAACGCGAAUCGAACUUCCGCGGAUGUCAGAAUACGGAAGACGCAGCACUCAGUGUUGACGCGGAAGUUUGUGGAGGUCAUGACAGCAUAUAACGGAACGCAGACCCUCUUUCGAGAACGCACCAAGGAUCAGAUACGGCGGCAGUUAGAAAUAACUGGGAAGGCCACCAGUGAUGAUGAACUAGAAGACAUGCUGGAGAGUGGCAAUCUUUCUAUUUUCACUUCGGACAUUAUUCUCGACACCAAAAUUACCAGGGAAGCUCUAGAUGAAAUUGAAUCACGUCACAAGGACAUUAUAAAGCUGGAAUCCAGUAUACAUGAGCUACAUGAAAUGUUCAUGGAUAUGGCAAUGCUAGUUGAGGUCCAGGGUGAAAUGGUCAACAGCAUUGAGAAAAACGUGAUGAAUGCAGUCGAUUAUGUCGAACACGCGAAAGAGGAGACCAAGAAAGCCGUCAAAUAUCAAAGCAAAGCUCGCAGGAAAUUGAUGUUCAUAAUCAUUUGUGUAACUUUGCUGCUUGUAAUCCUUGGAAUUAUCCUAGCAGCAACCUUCUCGUAGCACACGGCAGAUACCAAGAGGUUGCAGCAUCCAAAUCUCACACAUGCGAGGAAACCAACCAGCCUGCUUGUAAAGAUGCCUUCUCUUGCCACAGUCAGAUGUUCUUCGAGGGAAACCAGAUGACUGUUAGCUAUUUAGCCGACAGCGCUAAAUUGGUGGAGUGGGGGUUUUCCUCUCGAAAAUGGAAAACUGCAAAUUGUAUCUCACGGACAUAAAGGCUGCUCAGAUUUUGUUCUGCACUAUUGGAGAUGAAUUCUGUUGUGUUUUUAAUAGGCCAGUGCUAUCCAAGUGGAAUGCAUUGUCCCCAAACAUUGAGCCUUUGCUUUUUGUGGCUUCAUUUGCCAUUAAUUAAUCCAUCUUAUUAACAUAGCGGUGGAUCUUAUUUUAAAACUGAUGCAGCCACAUUCUCUUAAAGAAUUUGUAACUAUGCUUAGGACUGUCGUCAGACUUCAGAGGCGAGUUCCAUUGCUGUCAGCAGGUCUUUGACUUUCAGGUAAACGUGAUUGGGGUGAGAUAUGAAGUGUCUUUUGUUUCCAGUUUCCGUAUUUUUUAAAAAAAACUGUCUUAAACAUGAUUUUUUUAAAAAAGUGCUUAACAAGUCAGUGUAUGCUUUUAAUGUGAGCAGUUUCAUAGUUUUCAGACGGCUUUUCGACAACUGUGUAGAAGCAAGUGCCUUUUUCUUAGUACUGACCAGCCAAAAUUGUGUAUAGGCUUAAGUACUAUUACGACUUUAUCACAUAACACUGUUUUAAAGAGGAUCUACUCCACUGUGAAGAUUACUAUACAUUUUCCCCUGAUACUCCUAUGGGCUCUCCCCCUUUCAGAGUUAUGCCAUAAAAUAUUUAGAGGGCUCCAGUUUUCUAGAGAUGAAUGGAAGGUGCUCACUGGCACUCUGGAGCAAGCCCUUCAGAGCUUGAAUGUCCUGCCUAUACUGGCUUCCUCAUUCUCUUUGGUAAAGAUUUACACACAUCCUGUUGUGCGUACCAAACAACCUCCGGCAUCGAAGUGAAUGGAGAAGCUUUUAUAGGUAUGAUUGCUUCAGAUCUAACAAGGGUCUCUAUCUUCUUAUGCACAUGCAUGCACACACAGAGGAAAAAGUCCCGUUUGUUUUAGUGGAACCUUUGCUUUCAUAUGGUUUGGUGGGCUUUACUCACAGUGUCUAAUAACUGAGAAAAAAUGGUUUCAGUAAAAAUAUGAUAAUGAGGCAAAGAUACGAGCAUUUUAAAGCUCGGUUUGAUCUUGGAAUCCUUCUAAUCUAAUCUGUGACACAGCUUAACCCUGCAGAUUGGAUCUGCUUUACAGUUCUGGCUGUAGUGCAGCAAGCCGUGAUUUCCUUUUCAUCAAGGAACAAUCACAAAAAUCAAGGUUUUGUGUCUUUAAAUUUCCAUUUAGUCCUUAAUGAAGGCGGGUGACGAAAAGGACGAGCAGGUGUUCGUUCUAAACAAGACACUGAAUUUGUUGGGGGAAUGUGCUUUUUGAAUUUCCCUAGCAAGAAUGAAGUGUUUGCAACUUAGCAAAGGCCUUGGUCCAAAGUACGUCACAAUUGAGUUCUGUUGAAAGGAAGGGGGCUUUGCACUCCUUUCUCUGGGUUAGGACCAAAACUGUGCAGCUGGGAGCAACAUUUAAAGCAUUUCAGAAGUAACCAAAACACUUGUUGCUGAAUAGCUUUUUUUGUAUUGUGUUAUUGCUAUGUAAAAUAUUGAUAACUGUGUUUUUGAUUUCUCACUGUUUCCAAUAUAUUCAUGUAGAUAUGUGGAUAUUUAUGCCAGAAGUGAAACAAAGUGCAACGGGUGCCUUUUUAAAAAAACGAUAAAUGGUCUUGAAAUAUUUAUUUCUGUGUUUUGAACAAGAAGAAUAAACUUGCAGAUAUAUUUUGUGUUACAGGUAAUCUUUCUCAUCACUCAUAGUUUAUUGACUUUUUACAUAUUUACAGUGUAUAUUCUUCAAUGUUUGUUAUGUAUAUAAUAAACUAAAAGAUAACA